AUGACGACGCUAGCAACGUUGGAACUGAGGGGUAAAUCCUUUUCUAGAGAUAGAGAGAGGCCAACGGAUCAGAUGUUAGAGCAUCUUCAUGAGGAUAUGGCAACAAUACCAAUACAAUCACAUAUAAGGUCUUCUUUAAGAUUGAAGUCCGUUCGAAUCUCUACUAUCCAAGCCAAUGGAGAUUGGAGAUUUCAAGGGUCGAGCGCGAAAUACCUUAAUAUAUUAGCAAAUAUCUACUCCGAAAUAAUGUUCGCACAAGUGAUGAAAGGUGAACGAGGGUUCGAUCAAACGGCAACGUGGUCCAUUGCCGUUGUUUGUGCAAUCAUUGUCAUAGUUUCAAUUGGGUUGGAGCAUGUUCUUCAUAGCGUACAUCAUCUUUUUAAAAAACGAAAAAAAGCAGGGUUGUUGGAAGCACUUGACAAGAUUAAAAAUGAGCUUAUGGUACUUGGGUUUAUUUCGUUGCUUCUGGUGUUUUGCCAGAACUAUAUUGCAUCGAUUUGUAUUUCAAAGAAGCUUACGAAGGAUUUCUUGCCAUGCAAGAAAGAAGAUUAUGCUAAAGAAGAUGGAGAAGGUGGUUAUGAUGAGGAAGCUAAGAGGAGAUUAUUGUGGUAUGAACAAAGAAGGUUGGGAGGAGGUGCUCCCGUAGAAUGCAAAGAGGGAUAUGAGGAGAUUAUAUCAGUUGCUGGAUUGCAUCAAUUGCAUAUCUUUAUAUUCUUCUUGGCCGUGUUUCAUGUAAUUUAUAGUGCCUUCACAAUGAUUUUUGGAAGAGCAAAGACACGUAAGUGGAAGUUAUGGGAAAAGGAGAUUUUGGAGGAACUUGUACCCCAUGACGCAGAUCCAUCAAAGUAUAAGCUUACCAAGGAAUUAUCUUUUGUGAAACAUCACACUGGUUCUUUUACGAGUACUCCGGCAAUGUUUUACCUUGUUUGCUUCUUUCGGCAAUUUUUUACAUCAGUUCGUAGAUCAGAUUACUUGGCCAUGCGCCAUGCUUUUUUCUCUGUUCAUUUGUCUCCUGGGAGUCACUUCAACUUUCAAAAAUAUAUAAAGAGGUCGUUAGAAGACGACUUUAAAGUAAUUGUAGGAAUCAGCCCGAUAUUAUGGGCUACUGCAGUGCUUUUCCUUUUUGCAAAUGUUGAUGGAGCUCGUGCUAUGACUUAUCUCUCUUUGUUUCCUGUAAUUAUUCUGUUAGCGGUUGGAACAAAGCUUCAAGCAAUUGUAACACAAAUGGCGGUUGAAAUUCAAGAACGACAAUCGGUGACACAAGGGAUACCCGUUGUGGAACUCUCUGACAGACACUUUUGGUUUAGUCAACCUAGACUUAUUCUAUACCUUAUUCAACUCACCCUCUUUCAGAAUUCAUUUGAGCUAACACAUUUCUUUUGGAUAUGGUAUGAAUUUGGCCUUGAUAGUUGCUUUUACGAAAAUCCUUUUCUUCAAUAUGGUAGAGUCGUUAUAGGAGUUCUCGUGCAAGGCUUAUGCAGUUACAGCAUACUUCCACUCUAUGCCCUUGUAACUCAGAUGGGUUCAACAAUGAAGAGGUCUAUUUUCGAUGAUCACACAUCGAAACAUCUAAUGAAUUGGCAUGAGCAUAUUAAAAAGAAGGACAAAGGACACGGGAAAUCAAAGAGUACAAGCGAACCACCAAUAGAUGCUCAAGUCAAAGUCAAACCAAGUGACAUAGGAAAGUCAACAACUCCAAGACAAUCUGCCAACAUUGUUGCAAGUGUUGACAUACCCGAUGAUAAAACCUAAUAAUUGUUACAAAAAUGUUGGUAAUUUAUUUGUUUUACAAACACACAAAAUGUGGAUUUUGAAUUAUGAAGGAGUUAUAUACACAGGUUGUUUCAAGUCUUGUAUUUCGCUUAUGUAGUAUAGUUACAUGUUAUUAAGUAAAAUUAAUAUUGUAGUGACUCUUAUAUUGUAUAAUAAAAGUGUAUAUCGUUUGAAUUCGUCGUUUUGUAAUAUAAAAUCUGUCUAGCC